AAAUGAACUCAGUUAUCAAGGAAUGUUAUGACUUCUGGUGUAUAUCGUUGGAAAUUUAUUAUUACUCCUACUGUUAUUAUUGAUAACCUCAAGUGGUCCACGGAUUCAUUUUUGCAGGUUCACAACUUAAUUGCUGAGUACAUUGAAUUAUCAACCAUCUAAAACAGGACAGAGACAGCAGAAUAAGUGGAAAGCAAAAGAUCAUAUUAUUUCUCCACAAACAGUUACAACAGAAGUGGAAUUCAAGACAUGUGUUCCAUUCUAUUCAAUAUUUGUCUGUACACUUGAAAAAAAGAUUACCUUCUUUAAUGUAAAGUUUAACAUUUCCUUCUAAGUGACUACUUUAUUCAUUUUAUAGGUUUUUGGACGGCAUUUUCAAGUAUUAUUGAACACCAUACCAUUUACUUGAAUAAUAAAAUGCUUUCAUGAAUACUUCACCUGGAAACAAUGAAGUAAGCCAGAGUAAAACAAGCUUGAACAAAAAGAUAGUAGGACAGAUAUGUCGAAAUAAAAGAAUAGAUGACACCAUGUAAAGUUGUACAACUCAUUACACUUUUUAUUCUCACCGAUUUAAAUAAACACGAAUUCCUGCUUAUUACAGAGAAAGCAUCGAAUCAUCUUCCUAAAUUUUCACCUUCUGGUGUUUUAACCUUGUCAAAACCGAGGACGUUUCCUUCACUUUCUUUGAAUCCUUUCUCUUCCUCCUCCUCAUCGUCAUCAUCAAUAACAGAACCGAUACAUAAGGAAUCUACUCAACAACCAAUAGCAUUUAAUAAAGAAAUCACUUAUACACUCAUAGAAGAGUUGAAUGUUCCACAAUUCAUUGGUGAUUUAAUUCAAGAUCUCAACUUGUACAAUUAUUUAUUAAGUUAUCCUAUGAAAGAUCCUCUUCAGUCUUUAAGAAGUGAUCAGGAAAUACAAAACAAUCAAACAAAACAAAUACUUAGUAUUGAUUUAAUUGCUAACCAAUAUCAGUCGAUUAAAGGCAACACUAACAAUAAUAAUAAUUAUGAAUUACCACGUUUGUAUUUAUUCCCAUCUAGUCAAUGGAGUGCAGCUUAUUUUCAUAUAAAUUAUCAUAAUGUAUUUAAACAAGAAUUAAUACAAAUAAAGAAGCUAGAUCGUGAUUAUAUAUGUCAAAUGAAAACAAAUAGAACGCAACAAUUAAAACAACAAAGUGAUAUAUGCAUGUGUUCAACAGACAUUUGUUCAAUGAUCAAUCGUGAAAAAGAUAAAAUUAAUACUCUUAAAAAUAAUAAUUCAGUAUUAUCAUCAUUGAAUUUCGGUGGGAAUUUUGAAUCCAGUGAAUUAUUAUCACCUUAUUGUCAGUUCAGUAUAACAAUAGCCAUUCAUUUAUUUCAUAUUGGUAUGAAAAUUUUCACAAUCAAUAUUCAAUUAAUUGAUCUUAAUGAUAAUCAACCAAAUUUUGCACCAUUUUUAAAAUAUGAAAUAAAUUUUAUGGAGGAUGAUCAAAUUGGUACACGACAUCAAUUACCACUUGCUAUAGACUUGGAUAUGUGUUUAAAUUCUGAGAUAACAUAUAGAUUAGUAGCUGUUGAACACUACGAAGAAGAUAUAUUUACCCGACAUCAUCUGAUAAAUCGUUUUAAUUCUCAUGAUGAGAUUCUACAUAAUCGUCAGUUGUCGAAUUCAACAAAUCUUUUCAGUCUAAGGUUGACAGAAACAAUGGAUCUGAAAGUUCUAGAAAUUCAAUUAGAACAUAUCUUAGAUCGUGAAAAUGUUGAAAAGUACGAGUUAUAUCUAUUAGCUAUAGAUGAUCACUACAGACUAGAAGAAAAAAGGCAUACUACAACACUUCCAUUAAUAAUAAACAUUCAAGAUGUUAAUGACUGUCGGCCAGAGUUUCAUCUAAUGGGGUUGAAUAAUUCCUCUUCAAAACUUUCUGAACCUUUAUUCAUUGAAAUAUCUGAAAAUGUUCCAUCAGGGCAGGUUGUGACAAAAUUUCAAGCUUUUGAUAAAGACUCUGGAAACAAUGCAGAGAUUUAUUAUGAAAUGGGUCAGUAUACACAUUCAAUCACAAAAUCAUUUUUUAGCUUAGAUCCAACUACCGGUGAAUUAAUUGUAAAGAAUAUUUUGGAUAGAGAAAAGAUUCCAUUUUCUAAUGGAUUGCAUCGUUUAACUAUCAAAGCUCUAGAUAAUGGUGUUCCACAAAGAAGUUCAACUCUUCUUGUAAUGCUACAGUUAUUAGAUGUCAAUGAUAACGCUCCAAUGAUACAACUAGUUGAAGAAACUUACCAAGAUCGACAAUUUUCUAAACUAGAAACAGAGAAUAAUAUGAAUCAAGGAAAUAGUAAAUAUCUACAAAGUACUAUAUAUAAUUUUAUUACUAAUGAAAUAAAAAAUAAUCUAAUCACUAAACUUUGGCAAUCAGUAAUGAAAAAUAAAUCAAUGAAUUCUACUUUAAUAACUAGUCAACUAAAUAAUUUAUCAUUGCAUGCCAAAAUAAUUGGUAGUCAACCAAAGGAAACAAUUGUUACCUUUUUAAUUGUUAAUGAUCCAGAUUUAAAUGAAAAUGGGACAGUGACAUGUAACUUAGAAGAUCAGUUGGUAGUUUAUUCAGAAAAGUAUUUAAAACAAAAUGAAUAUUAUGCUUAUUAUGAUAAUAAAGUUUGUAUGUCUUUGGAACCGUUUGAAUUGGGCAGUGAUAAAUAUCAUCAUCAGGAAUUAUAUCAACAAAAUAAUGAAGAUAACAAUAGCCGAAAUUCAUUAUCAAUAAUUGAAAGAAGAAGAAUAAGCAGGAAAUGGGAAUCAUUGCCUUCAAAUUACUCAGCCAAUCAUUAUACUUUUCAAUUAAAAACUGAAAUAUUUUUGGAUCCAGAUAAGAUUUCAGAUUUAUAUCUACUAAUUCAAUGUCAUGAUCAUGGUACACCAUCAUUAUCUACAAAACAAACAAUACACAUUGAAAUUUUGCCAAAAGUGUAUGAAGAACAAGACGAUUUAAAGUUUUUAUAUGUAAAACUUUUAGGAGAUUUCAUUAGAAAUGAUGUGAACUGUGUAUAUUUCAACGGUAUACCUGUGGGAACAAGUUUAAUAAAUCAGUUGAAAUUUGAUCAACAACAAAUAAGUGGGGAAAGACCAAAAUUUAUUCAUCCAGUGUUACUUCAUACUGAACAGUUUCAAGCUAAAUCAAGUUUAUGUUUACUUUUACAAAAAGAUAUACAUGUUGGUCAAAAAUUGUUUACAGUUAUAGCUAAAUAUGAUCAUGAAAAUGGAGAAAAUUCUAAAAUUGUUUAUGAAUUGAUUAAAGAGAUACCUGAAGAACAUACUUUCAAUAUCCAUCCAACUUCUGGUAUAAUACAAUUGUAUAAUACAAAAAUGAUAAACCAGUCAAUGAGAAAGCAAUUAAUUAUACAAGCUUCAAGAAUUGGCACUUUAUAUGAUUAUUCAAAACACUUGAACCAUAAAAUUCAUCUACUAAUUAAUUUAACCUUUAUUGAUAUCAAUUUAUCAGUAUUAUCAGUAAGAAACUCUCAAACUGUUAACAAUACAAUUUACUUAAUGAAGAGUGAAAAUGAUAUCUUGACAAAGGUCUAUUCAAAUCAUACAUAUACAUUUUAUGUUGAAGAAUUAUUGCCACCAGGAAGUCCUGUACUAGGGAAUACUAUUAUUUAUUGUAUGAGUAAUAAUGUUUAUGAAGUGGAUAAAAAUUCCAAUCAACAAUGUGAAUUAAAGUUGAAUGAAAUUGACACAGUUUUGUUACCAUAUGAAAAAAAAUCAAUAAACUUUUACCUAUUACCUACUACAUUCAUAUGUGACAACCUAUCACAAGCAUUAUGCAAUGGUUAUACAAUCCAUACAAUAGUUUACUUGAUCGUGAGAGACAAGAUCAUCAUAUUCUCACUUUAACAACAAUGGAACAUUAUGAAAACUCUGUGAACAUUUUUCUUUAUAUACAAGAUGUAAAUGAUAAUUUCCCUGUGUUAAAAGAACCAUUUUAUUCAACAAAUCUACUGCCAACAUUACUAGAAAAGAUUUUCUAUGAAAUGGCUAUAGAAGCACCUUAUUAUGUAACAAACUUAUCAAUUUCAUAUAAAGUACCACAAGAUUGCGUUAUCAUUCAAUUGAAAGCAGAAGAUAAAGAUAUUGGUGAUAAUGCAAAACUGAGUUAUUCUCUGCACCGAAUAUGGUCACUUCUUGAAAACUUCAACAGUCAUAGUGAAAAAGUUGAAGAGAAUGUUCAACAUCUUAUGGAAUUGUCAGAAAGAUCUUUCAUGUCACUGAAUAGAAACACAGGAGUACUCAGUAUAACUAGACAACUAUUGUUAGAUGAUAUAGGAACAUAUAUUUUAUAUGUAAUAGUUCGAGAUCAUGGUAAACCUCAACAACUGACCACAAAUUGUAUUAUAUACCUCAGUGUAUUACAAAUGGGAAUACAUCAAAGACCUGUGAAUGAUUUGCCUGAUUCACUUGCAAACAAUCAUCUAACAUCACAAUUACUUACUUCAACAGCUUCUUCUUCCAUAAAUUUUUUCAACACAAAUGAAUAUGAUACAUCACAACUUGCUUCAAACGAUCUUUCUCAAUUUAGUCGAACUCAUAAACUAUUCAAAAAGCCUAAUCGUUUAUUACUGAUUACUGUUGUCGGUAGUGUAUCCACUUUAUUACUAAUAGUCAUUACUAUAACUAUUUUAUGUAUCUUAUUUCGUAUAAAAUUUAAAUCUACAAAUACUCAAACAGAGUCAAUAAAACUUGAUGAAAUAAAAUAUGACUACAAUUCAGGAAAUGGUAAUAUAAUUGCUGAUGAACAAAAUAAUCUACUUUGUUCCCCAGUAUAUAAAAAGACAAUUUCAUUCGAUUAUAUUAAAAGAAGUAACUGUAAUAGCUUGAAUGAAUUAGUUCAAGCCAGUUAUAAUAAUUCUAAUUUAAGUACAACAUCUAUAACAAUAUAUAAUCCAUAUUCUUUGCAUAACAAUUUAACAAAUUCUCAGAAUGAUAUAACAAGUUCACAUUUUGGAUACAAAUUUAUGAACACAAACGAAUCUAUUUACGGUCCAAUGAAUAUGCUUAGAGAAGAUCAACAAAUAACCACUGAGCAUAAUUCAUUGAAUAAUUAUCCUGUUGUAAAUACAUUCACCACAGAUUAUGUAACUGAAAAUCAGUCUUCAUUGUUAGCGCCACCUAAAACAUCUGUAUAAUGCAAAACUAAAGCAGAUUAACACUUAAAUUCUCAAAAAAAAUACAUAUAUUACUAAAUUAAAAGACUGUUAGUAGACAGAAUAUUGUUUCAGUUUUCUCUCUUCUCUAAGUUUUUGAUCACAUAUUUAAAUCCUAAACUAAGUCAUAACACUUUCUUGUAUCUAUUAAGGAAUAAAAAAGUUUAAAUACCAGUC